CAUCAAUUUGUAGAAUAUCUUAUCAAAUUUAAUAUGGGAAUGGCGUCGUGUUUUGUUUUGGUGCAAAUCGCUGAAUUAUACACGCUAUCAUAGUAUAGACAUUCUCCAGUUUUCGUCGUCGUGUGAACGGCAGUAUUGUCCAUUUUCGUGUUUAAGAAAUUAUAUUCGUAUAACCGUUCAAAAUGGCCAAGUCAAAGAAUCAUACCAAUCACAAUCAAAAUCGUAAGGACCAUCGUAAUGGUAUUUAUAGGCCAAAGAAAUACAGACAUGAAUCACGUCGUGGUGUUUGUCAAAAAUUUUUGAGAAACCAGAAACAUGCUUUAAAAGGAAAUCUGUCCACCGCAGAUCAGUUGGCCAGGGCUAAUGAAAGAAGUGAAAAGAGGUUAGCCUUAAGGACCAAGUUUGCUGAAUUCAGAAAGAAGAAAGCCGCAACCAAAAAACCAUAAUUCUGACUUAAAAAAAUUGUUUGACAUCAAUAAAUUUCCUUUUCGUUUAUUUUAAACGAAAUUAAUACAAUUAAAA